CACACGUGCUCUGAUGUUGCGGGUAAACAUGAGAAUCGCAAAAGAUUAUUAAAAUAUCAAAGAAAAACACUUGAGUUAAAUUAAAAAUGACGCAUCUGCGCGCAGAGGACAGUUCAGUAUCGGAGGAGAAAGAAUCCCGGGGAGUUAUCAGGGAGAGCAGCCAGAUAUUCCGACGAAACCGCGCACUCGGCUAUGUCAGCAACCAAGUGCCAGCCGUGACGCGCUAUGUGCAGCGCCGUCGAGACACGUUGCUGAUUACAUGCAUCGGCCGCUCCUUUCAGGUGUACACGGCCAGCCAUUUGCGUCUGCUGCACGUCAGCGGCCUGCACCCCGACGAUAUAACUGCCUUGGCCACGGACAGACUGCACACGUACACGGCCAGCAACAAGUGCAUCUAUGCCUGGCGCGCGGGCAAGCACAUACGGCACGUGUAUCGUGGUCAUGAGCGUGAUGUGCAUCUGUUGCUGCCCUUUGGCAGAAACCUGAUUGCCGUGGACCGCGGCAAUGUGCUGAAAGUGUGGAACAUACCCACGGACGAUGUCUAUCUAGAUGUGCCCUUCAAGGAGGACGAGUUCCUGAUAACGGCUCUGGCUCAUCCGCCCACCUACGUCAAUAAAAUUGUGCUGGGCUCACAGCAGGGCCAGCUGAAGAUCAUGAACAUCAGUAAAAACAGCAUUGUGUGCACCCUCAGUCGCCAUCCCAAUCGGGUGACCUGUAUCGAGCCGGCGCCAGCAGUGGAUGUGGUGGGCGUUGGGCAUGCUGAUGGCACAAUUAUUGUUUUGAAUCUGAAAUUCGAUACAGUGCUGAUGGCCUUCAAGCAGGAGUGGGGCCUGGUCACUCAGCUGGCUUUUCGUACAGAUGGUCCGCCCAUAAUGGUAUCCGCCUGCAGCAACGGUUAUAUGGCCUUCUGGAACUUGGAGGAGCAUAAAUUGGCUGGCCAAUUGCAGGCGCACGAGGAGCAGGUGACCACGGCUAUAUGCCUGCCCAGCGAACCAGUGGUCUUCACCACAUCUCCGGACAAUUCCAUGAAGCUCUUUAUAUUCGACAUGUCCGAUGGUGGCGCACGCCAGUUGCGCAUACGCGAGGGUCACACAAAGCCACCGCUUUGCAUACGCUACCAUGGCGGCACCGGUGUUUCCAUAUUGUCUGCCGGAGAGGAUAGUACCCUACGUGUGUUCUCUACCAUCUCGGAGUCGCUUAACAAGAGCAUGGGCAGAGCCACCUACAAUCCCAAGGCGACCAAGAAGAAAAAUCGCUUUCAGUACGAUAAGUACAGCAUGCCGCCAAUUCUGGAGUUCACCUCAGAUGUGGCGCGCGAAAAGGAAUGGGACAACAUUGCCGCCAUACAUGCGGGCAUUAUACAAACGACCACCUGGACCUUUCACAAAAGCCGUUUAGGCGAGCAUCGCUUGGUGCCAAAACAAUUUCAAAACAAAAAUCGCGUCAAUUUCCAAAGCGAGACCACAUGCAUCAUAUCCACCAACUGCGGCAACUUUGUCAUCAUUGGCUACAGCAGCGGUGAUGUGGAGCGGUUCAACAUUCAGUCCGGCUUGCAUCGCUUAAGCUAUGGCGGGCUCCAUCCGGCGCAUGAGGCAGCUGUGCGUGGUUUGGCUUGCGACAACUUAAAUCAGUAUGUGGUUUCUGGCUGUUCCAAAGGUCUCGUCAAAUUCUGGCAUUUCAAGGGCAAUACUCAAAAGCCGACUGCCGUGCUGCGUUUGGCGGACGGCGUUGCUCUGAUGCGGCAUCAUCGCGAAAGCUCCAUGCUGGCCAUUGGCCUGGACACAUUUAAGAUCUAUGUGGUGGACAUGGAGACGCGCGUAAUUGUGCGCAAGUUCAUUGGCCACACGGCAAAGCUCAACGAUAUGACCUUUAGUCCAGACAGUCGUUGGCUUAUUACCGCCUCCAUGGACUCUACUAUCAAAGUGUGGGAUAUACCUUCAUCGUAUAUGAUUGAUCACUUUCGCGUGGAACGUCCCUGUAUCUCGCUGAGCAUGUCGCCCAGUGGCGAUUUUCUGGCCACGGCGCAUGUGAACCUGCUCGGUAUUUACCUGUGGGCAAAUAAGACGCUGUUCAAUCAGAUUUCGUUGCGUUCCAUUGAUCCAAACGAGCCUGCACCCUAUGUGGGUCUGCCCACAAAUAUUUGCGAUGCCAUGGAUCUGGAAGACGUCAUGCAGGAGCUGGGCAUUGACAAUGACGAGGAUAAUGUGGAGCUAGGCGAGGAGAUUGAUGCCAAAUACGAAACACCCAAGCAGCUAUCGCCCGAACUGAUUACACUGUCAGGCCUGGCUGCCUCACGCUGGCAGAAUCUGCUCGACCUGGAGCUAAUUAAGCAGCGCAACAAACCGAAGGCACCGCCCAAAGGGCCCAAACAAGCGCCCUUCUUUCUGCCAACAGUGUCAGGCUUGGAGAUGCGCUUCGAUGUUAGCAACGCGCCUACAAGCAACGAUGGCUCCCGAUUGCUGCAGGUCUCCUCCUUCAACAAUCUAACCGCCUUUGGCAAGCUGCUGGAGGCAACUGCCACAAGCAACGAUUUCAAUCCCGCCAUGCAGCACAUCACCCAACUGGGUCCGUCAAUGGUGGACUUUGAGAUCAAAUCGCUGCAUCCCGACGCUGGCGGCACUAUGCUCGCCAUGCGGCAGUUCCUCAAGCUCAUCGAGUUUAUGCUUGGCACGAAUCAAGACUUUGAACUGGCGCAAUCCUAUCUAAGCGUUUAUCUGCGCUCUCACGGCCUCAGCCUAACUGAAUCACCAGAGCUCAUGAAGUCCCUGCGCAGCGUCUCGCAGGUGCAACAGUUGGCCUGGGAGCGCAUCGAGAGCAAACUCAUCUACGGCACAGGCGUCGUCGCAGCACUGCGUAACUUUGCGCAUUAGUUUGACCUAUUAUAAUUGCUCUAAUUACUUUCUACCAUGUUUGUAAAUAAAUUGGUAACACAUUUUAAAAAC